UUUAUUAGGUUAUGGUAGGUUGUUUACGUCAUAUAUGCGUAGUUUGAAACGCGAGAUGAGGUUGCAAAAUGUAACUCUCUUAUCGUUUCGAUUAAUUAAGUAAUGUAUGUAUGUAAAUCUAUUAUUAUACCUUCCAUUCCCAGGAAAAGAAGUUUUGUAAACAAAAUUAUUUCAUCGACAAAGAAACUUAGUGACGAGACAGUUUUUCGUGCGUUAAUAUAUAAUAAAUAUACAUGUAAUGCAACAAAAAAUUUUGAUACGAUGAAUGAUAUAUGUACUUUCAUGCAAAAAAAUUCAAAUAAUAAUGUAUAUUAUAAGAUGCAAAAACAUGACAUUAAAAGACACAUAGGCACGUUUGAAAAAAAUAGUAAGGAUAAAGGAAGGAGAGAUGAUAAUCAAAAAGGUGAUAUAAAUAUGAUUGAUAGUAGUAGCAACAUGAGGAAUAAACUAAAACAAGUUCAAGAUAAUAUGAGAAAACACAAAAAUAGUGAAAAAGUAAGACUCGAUAAAAAAGAACAUAAGUAUAGUAAAAUAGAAUAUUAUACUCGUGAAUUAAAUUCAUUCGCACCCAUUACUCUGCAGCAAAGUAAACAGAAAAAUAAAAAGAUGCAGAAGGCCGUUCAAAAUUUUAAGCCUUAUAUUAAAGGGAAAGUAAAAGAACUAAAAGAUAAACUUUUAGAAUAUCAGUUCCACAUAAAUAAGAUACAAUCAAACUAUACUACAGAAGAUAUAGUAACAUUGCAGGAUGCUAAUCAUACAGUAUUCAUUUUCAAUAGUAUUAUGAGCAAAUUAAAAGAGGAACUAUCUCAACUACAAGAAGAAUUAAAAGAUUCUUAUAUUGAGUGGAUUAGAAUCAUUAAUAGUUGUAAUCAUACUGUUUCAAAUGAACAGGAUAAAUUGACUAUUAAUAGUAAUGAUCUGGAAAUAGUAGAAAGUGAAAUAAGUUCGCAAAAUAGCAGUUGCAAUGAAAUAUUUUCAACAAAUGCUUAUAAAAAACAAUCAUCAAACAUAAAUAAAAGUUCAAAAAAGAAUAUUUGGGAGAGAAAUAACAAUACUAUACUUCAGCAGAAUAUUAGACAUGAUAAGAAUAAUGAAAUAUCAUCAAACACAAUGGAUACUAACAUUGUAAAUACAAAGCAGAUCUCAAACGAAACUGGUAACAACAAUGAUACUUUACAAAGUAGACAAAAUCCAUCAUCCACGCUCAAUAAAUUUAAAGAUACUAAUACAACUAAAGUACUCAGAAGUACAUACUCUACAGUGGGAAAAAAAAGUACAAAUUACACAUUAAAUAAAAAUUCAUCAUGUCAAAAUAUUAUAGAUACAUUGAAGCAAUUAGAUGAUGAUGAACGAGUUUUAGCUCAAAAUGAGCCAAUAAAAAAGAAAAGACGGUUAAUAGAUUAUGACAGUGAUGUAAGUAAUAAGUGUAGUAUAGUGUCUUUGUAUAGUUCAAGACACAUGCGUACACAAAACAUUAAACAGGUAGAUAAGGUGAUACAUGUAAAUGAAGACACAUAUUCUGAGGACUCUGGAAGUUUAAUUUUUGAACCUAUCCCAUUCAGUAAUUCAAAAGUUCUAACACCAAGAUCUGAUUCAGAUGAAAGAGAUACCUUUCGAUCUAACAAAAUACCUAAUUUUAAUAUACAUUUAAAAGCUAAAAGUAAUCAUGAUUCUCAAAUUGUAUCGAAAAAACCUGUUGCUCUUUUAAACACAAAUAAUUCAAAUAGAAAGUAUUGGAUAGAAUCCACUCAACAUAAAAUCUUGAAUCUAAACGGAAAUUCAGUAUAUCAAAUUGAACCUAAUAUGGAUAAAAAGUUACAAAUGAUAUGCCAAGUGGUACUACAUAAAUACACACAGUAAUUAAGUUAAUAUUGAUGAUUACAAGUUUUUAUGUUUUAUUUUUGUCUUUUAACUCCUUAAGUGGAGAAAGAAUUUUUGUAAGUUAUUCGUACAGUAGAAGUAUAAAAUGCUCUUACUGUUUACUGGCGGAUACAUAGGUUGAGCCCAAUGAACAAUUAACCAAAGCCAAUAUCCGCUUUAUCCGCUUAAGAGAUCAAUCAGUACUGUUGAGAUGCAUAGCUGCUAUGAUAAUUUGUGUUUAAAAGUUAUCCAUAUUUACUUUUGAUUUGUAUUUUGUAAUUUAUAUAAAGCUCACAUAAAAAUGAAUACUAUUUAUUUUGUAUAUUAACAAACAAAUAUUUUUUUAUAUUUUUUAUAUCGCGUAAUUUGAUUUACGUAAUAAAUUUAUUUUACUAUACAAAUGUAUUAUUUAUGAAGAACCUAACACUUUAAUUUUAUCUUCGUGAGUAGUUCAAGAUCAUUGUUUAGGAUCUGUCAAUCUAAAUCUGUAAUCUGUAUAUAUGUAUGUAUGUAUGUAAAUUUUGGAAUUCGAAAAUUUCGAAAUCUGAUGAUCUUACAGAUUUAGAUUAUAUAUAUGUAUAUAUUUCUGUGCCUCUUUAAUAAUAUUUUAGUUUGUUACAUCUUUUUUACUCAAUUAUUCUGUUUUUAUUACAUCUCCUUAGAGCAAUUAUUCUGAAAUUUUGUACAUAUCAUUCUCUUCCCAAGUGUCACAAUGUAGGCGAGUAAGAUUGACAAAAAUAUCGUAGGUAAAAAAGUAAAGACCACCUUACUGAUUGCCAUAACAGUCAACGUAUUAAUAAUAUACAUUUAUAUCAUACGUACCUGUACAACACGACAGUUAAAUCUGGCGCUACAUUCGACGUAGCCGCAUCGCCAGUGCUUCCGAACGAGAUUAACGAUGUCCCUGUAGCGAGUUCCGGAAGCAGCCGCAGGCGACAAUUCGUCUUGCUUGUUCCCGACUACCAAUAACGGUAUGCCCCUCAUAUCCCGUGCUUCGUAGAUUUGUUCUCGUAACGUCCUAA